AUGGCGGCCGAAGUUACCCAAGGCCGUCGUCCCAUCUCUAUCGAGGAGCUGUGCUUCACAACGGCCAUGAGCUGCUAUGAAGGGCGGCUGAAGCGGGACCCAGCCAUCGGACCUCAAACCAUGGCCAUGGUCGCAAAGUUCAUUUCCCGAACGCUCGAGACGACGCACAAUCUCAGAGACGUCAGGGAGACUUUGUCAAGCAGCGUGGAAAUCUGGAUCUGGCUGACCAAGGACUUCGCUGCUGCCAUUCCAAGCCUGACUACGCGUUCCAUCGGCCCGUUGGCUACCUUGAAUGACGCAACCUCCCAGGAGAGCACUGCGCUCAUCACCAAGAACUACACAAAGCUGCUAGUCGUGACCGAGGCCGAGGUUGCCCAGGAUCUAUGUGCGGCAGCCCAGUUCGACCGGGUGCUUUACCAGACCAUCAUUGUCUGUGUUAACGUCACCAGCAAGGCCUACGAUGGCGACAUCCUUGAGGACGGUGUUCGCCUCAGGGUGGGCGUAAUUACCGAACUGUACAAGAAGUUUCUUGUUUUAUGCCUACAGCAGGCGUACACCUGGAUUGCUAAAAAUGACAGAACUAUGACGUCCUUCUGGUCAACUGUGCUCUUCGACGACGAGACUGCAGGUGAGGAGGAGGAGGCCAAUGCCGGGGCUGGAGACUUUUGCCCAGUGGUCGCCAAGAUGGAGGUCCAGAACUGGAUCGAGCGGAACUCGAGGGUGUGCGACAAGGCCCGCCAGCUUCUUAUCCAAUACGAGGAGACCAUAGCGUCGAGGGGCCACCCACCCGGCAACUUGUCGGCCGUAUCCCCGCUAUUCUGGAACUGGCUGCCCGAGGGGACGAUUCGAACACGGGCCGGCGAUGCAGAAGACGACGCCGAGAUGAUCCCGCACUGGAAAGAAGACGAGCCCGACAAGUUCGAGCAGGACCGCGCCUAUGGCCGCGUGUCGAAGGAGGUCGAUACGUGGUGGCUGAAGGUCCGGGACCCGAAUCACGACGGUUGGGCUGUUCCCAUGCCCCUGGUCGAGUUUGCAAAGCACAGGACCGAGAAUCGCAAGGCCGAUCUCGUCAACCGCUACCGCACAGACGAGCGUGAAGGCUCGGUGCACUCUACCGAGGCCCCGGUGCCUCCCGAUGUCGCUGCUGAGGAAGAGCACGAAGACGGCCGUGCCUAUUCCCAGGACUACGAUGAUGACACAAUCGAGGAAGAAGACGUCGACCAUGACGACUCGUACGCAGCGGCCGGCCUCCUGACAGAGGUGCCGAGUAUUCUCGACCCUGAGCAGAUCGAGGCACUCCACAUGAUGGUCAAAUCGUGCAUCCUCGACAAUGCAGGGCUCGCGCUCACCAGAGCCGGAGAGAAGCUGCAAGAGACGCGGUGCAGAAUGUUUCUGGCUUUCAAGUGCGGGAGGAACCUUCUCCGGGAGAUGCUAGUCUUCAUUGCCGUCUGGGAGGAGAACAAACAAUCGCGUAUUUUCCAACUCACAACACAAAUCGUCGAGGCCAUCCAUCACAGUGCCCUAAUUCCCUACGCGUGGCAGUGCUUGCAGAUUCCCAAAGACAUCAUCUCGCCAGCGCAGACGCUGCUUUUGAGGUUGGUCAACAACACGUUCCGGGCUAGGAACGCGAACCCGCCCUCCCCAGACUCAGAGGAGCAUCUACGCGACGUCAAGCUCCUUCAUUUCUUGUUCGUCCAGUUCCGGAGCCGCAUCGUGCCAGAAUACGCUGCCCUGAUGCGCCUCCAGGAGCAGAUUCUCAGAGCAAAGCGCGAUCCUGCUGACUUUCCCGUCUCCGCUGACAUGAAGUAUGCCAAAGAUGGUCUUGAGCAGUUCCUAGAGCUCUUAACCAUAGCGAACGAGGUUGUCGAGACGCGCGAAUAUCUCAUCGAGUGGGAAGCUGCCUAUGAGCUUCUGGUCUUGUUAAGGGGCCUCGAGGCAGGUGUGGCAAAGAAACCGCCUGUCGACCUGACCAACCACUCGACCAAUGAGCAGACCCCCGACCCCAGCCCCUCUGAGACUCCCAUCGACGACCAAAGACGUGACGAUGGAGAUUCACAGCAUCCACGGUCGGACGUCAAGGGCAAGAUCCUGCACACCCUCGCCGGACUCCUCCAGCCGCCACCCGGACAGAGCAGCCCUGGAGACCCGACAGUCCAGGCGCAAAUCCUCCGCCAUCAGGGGCUCGUUACCUUGCUCAACUGCUGUGUCUACGACGACCCUGACCGCUAUGCUCGGGAAGGCGUCCAGAUCUGUCUCAAAUGGUUACUGGACGGCUCUGACGCGGCGAACCACUUCCUUCGUGAGCCGGUUGCCAUGAUGCCGCCACACAACCCAGGAGGCCCGUAA